UCCACAACUCCAUUACUUUUCUGAUAUGUGUCCGCGCACAAGCGAGUGAUAUCGAUAAUGGCGAUUUAUAGAUCACCUUUGAGCAAGGUUUUCUCGCACGGUUUAGUUUCUGGGUCGCCUCUUAGUCUUAUCCCGAACCAUCUCUCGCUUCACAGUACUUCACCCCGUCCGUUGCGGUCGCUCACCCUCUUUGCCUCUCUUUCUACUACUUCCCACGAUGCAUCUUCUUGCAAGGCUGAUUUUCGCUGGAAACCUAUGUGCUUGUACCACACGCAGGGCAAGUGCACCAAGACUGACGAUCCUAUUCACCUAGAGAGGUUCAAUCAUGAUUGUUCACGGGAGCUUCAAUUGAAUACCGCUGAUUUACACAAAAUCUGCUCUCAAAACUAUGACUUUUUCCUCGUGCUUGAUUUAGAGGGUAGGGUUGAGAUUCUUGAGUUCCCAGUUCUAAUGAUUGAUGCAAAAACAUCGGAAGUUGAAGACAUUUUCCACAGGUUUGUAAGGCCCUCAAAAAUGAGCGAGCAAAGAAUAAAUGAAUACAUUGAAGGAAAAUAUGGAAAAUUUGGAGUUGAUAGGGUUUGGCAUGACACAGCCAUACCAUUUAAUGAAGUUGUUCAACAAUUUGAGGCUUGGUUGGCACAGCAUCAUUUGUGGAUGGGCGGAAAACUCAAUCGAGCAGCAUUUGUAACUUGCGGAAAUUGGGAUUUGAAGACAAAAGUCCCUCAGCAAUGUGAAGUGUCAAAGAUAAAGCUCCCUCCUUACUUUAGGGAGUGGAUUAAUAUAAAAGAUGUCUAUCUGAACUUUUACAAUAGAAGGGCCACUGGAAUGGUUACAAUGAUGAGGGAGCUAAAGAUACCGUUGUUGGGAAGUCAUCAUCUUGGCAUUGAUGACACAAAGAACAUAACAAGAGUGCUACAGCGCAUGCUUGUAGAUGGUGCAUUCAUGCAGAUUACGGCAAGGAGGAAUCCUAAUUCUCCUGGAGAUGUCAACUUCUUGUUCAAGAACCGAAUCAGAUAGUGUAAAUUUAAUUGUUGGAAUCUGUUAGUUUUUUAAACUUCUCAGGAGAAUCUAACAGAUUUAAUGGUUUAGUUCAGUUAAGAUCUUGAUUUUAUUCAAGAGAGUAAUUCCAUAUUGCAGUUAUAGCCUUAUAGGUUUGUAGAGUAGAAUUACAGGGAUGACUGUGAUUCUGGGAACUUCUGCAAGGCCGCUGAUAUUUACAAAAGGACGUCCGCAUUUUGUCAAAGCACCAUAUUAGGUCAAGACUUACUUGUAUUUGAUUCUUUAUAAAAUUAAAGAAACGAAUAAUAUGCCACAGAAGAAACAAAAAUUAAAGCAAA